CUGAGUGCGGGGGGACCGGAGUGGGGCUGGGCGCUGGAGUUCUGGGCGGCUGGCUUUCCCCGGGGGGCAGGAGGGGAGAUGAUUAGAGAGGGAGGGUGAGGCUCUUUCGCUGCGUGCCAGGGGAAGUUUGAAGUUGCAGCUGCCCGAGUCCUGGGAGCGCUAGGGCUCGGGGGUUGGCGGGUUGUGUUUUCUGCUGUGUAUUUGAUUUAGGCGGCUCUGCUGGGUGAGUGGUGCAGUUAUCCUGCGCGGUCGCUGGGGAAAAUCACGUUCAAGGGGCAGAGCUAACUUGGGUGGUGGUUGUUGGGUUUUUUUUGUUUGUUUGUUUUUUUGCAGAGGACUUUUCAGUUCGUGACAGGGUUGGUUUCUCUUCGAUCCUUGACCCCGUUGGCGUUGUUGGCAGGGGGGCAGGAGGCAUUGGUCUGCCUGACUCACGUCCCGGUGGCUGGUAAUGGUGGUUGCUGUUUUUAAAGGUGUCAGUGGAUCACUGCAGGGGGAAACGUGAUUGGUAAAACUUUUUUUUAAAAAUAAACUAAAAUUAAAGGGACUCGGGUUUGACCUGGCGGCAGGGAAUCGGACCGGUGUGAGCAAGGGAACUCUCUCUAGCCUGGCGUCUUGCGCGCUCUGACAUGGGCUUGGCAGCGCCCUGCCAGAGAUGCAUGGACAAUAACGGAGCCCAGGGGUUUUAACUCUCUCGGCAGCGAGAAGCCGGUUUCUCCAAGGACUGCAGUUUGCUCUUGAGGGACUGGACGAGAGAAAGGCGGGGGGCGGGGAGGGAGUUCGUUUGAGCGGCAUUUCACCCCCUGCCAGGGCUGGGGCGCGAGGGCGACUUCACCGAUACCCGCUUUUGCUAGAGAUCCGGGUGUUUAUCGUGCCGGCGUCGAGGCAGGCAUUACAAGGAUCCCGGUGUUUAUAGUGCCCGCCCCUGGGGGUUUAGUGGAGAGAUCCGGGUGUUUGUAGCGCCCAGGUCUUGGUGGGUAUUGAAGGGAUUCCCUCGGAGGGGCCACUGCUUUGGGGCAGCUUUGCUUGUUUCUGGGUUCUUCCCGUGUCCAGCAUGGAGCUGAGAUCGGAAAUGCCCAGCGUCCCCUCGGCGCCCCCUUCGGUGCCCCCCAGCUCGGUGGCGGCCGCGGCGGCGGCGGCGGCGGCCGCAAGCUUGCCGGUGAGCGUGGCCGGCAGCCUCCUGCGGGGCCCCCCGCUGCUGCUGCGGGCGGCCGAGAAGUACCCGCGCACGCCCAAGUGCGCCCGGUGCCGGAACCACGGGGUGGUGUCGGCGCUGAAGGGCCACAAGCGCUACUGCCGCUGGAAGGACUGCAUGUGCGCCAAGUGCACCCUGAUCGCCGAGCGCCAGCGCGUUAUGGCCGCGCAGGUGGCGCUGCGCCGCCAGCAGGCGCAGGAGGAGAACGAGGCCCGCGAGCUCCAGCUGCUCUACGGCACCGCCGAGGGCCUGGCCCUGGCCGCGGCCAACGGCAUCAUCCCGCCCCGGCCAGCCUACGAGGUCUUCGGCUCCGUCUGCAGCGGGGCCAGCGGCGAGGGAGGCGCUGGGGGCUCGGACUCCAAGCUGCAGAAGUUCGACCUGUUCCCCAAGACGCUGCUGCCCAGCCGGGCUGUGACCCCGCAGCAGGCGGGCGGGAAGCCCCUGUCUCCGGAUGGGGAGUCGGUGCCGGGCACCUCCUCCCCAGAAGCUCGCCACGGCUCGGGCUCCGAGAACGGGGACGGCGAGUCCCUCCUGAGCUCGCCGGUCUCCAAGGGGCCGAAGGAGGGCGAGGAGAGCCCGGGCUCCAUCAGCCCGCUGGGCUCCGACUCGGGCUCGGAGGCCGAGAAGGACGAGCAGGACCCGUCGCCCUCGGCCGGCGGCCGCCAGCGGACUCCCAUCGACAUCCUGACGCGGGUCUUCCCGGCGCACCGGCGCAGCGUGCUGGAGCUGGUGCUGCAGGGCUGCGGCGGGGACGUGGUGCAGGCCAUCGAGCAGAUCCUCAACAACCGCGGCCCGGACAAGGGGCCCGAGGAGAGCUGGGCCCGGGACGGCGCCCUGCAGCCCAGCCCGGCCGCCGCGGCCGCCCACCACCGGCCCUUGAUCGCCGGCGCCAUGAGCCCGGCCAUCGGCACGCUGGGCAGCCGCUCCGCCUUCUCGCCCCUGCAGCCCAACGCCAGCCACUUCGGCGCCGAGGCCAGCGCCUACCCGCUGGGCACCCACCUGGGCCUCAACCCCCUGCGCCUGGCCUACUCGGCGCACAGCCGGGGACUGGCCUUCAUGGCCCCCUACUCCACCGCCGGCCUCAUGCCCACGCUGGGCUUCCGGCCGCCCAUGGACUACGCCUUCAGCGACCUCAUGCGGGACCGCUCCGCCGUGCACAAGGAACAGGUCUACUCCAGCGGCCUCUACGGGCCCAUGGUCAACAACACCCCCGAGAAGCAAUAGGCUGAGCCCCCUGCUGCGGGGGCAGCGCCCGGCCGGCCGCGGGCACCGCGCUGACGCCAAGGACACGCUCCCUCCUUGCGUCUCUUGACAGCUGCCAAAUCACAGCUCAGGCCUUGCACCCUAAGGGACUCCCUGAAGAUAUAAAUAUAGAGCGAGAGAAAGAGAGGGGACUAUGUGGACACCGAUUGCUUCGCUCCCUUUCGCCUUCCAGCCCAUUCCAUUGUAGGGCAGGGCGCAGACCCCGGCUGCACGGAGCAGAGUGUGGGGCAAAGCUGACAAAUAAUAGGUGUAUUAAAAAAAAAACAGGUUAUAAAGGUGCACUUUCAUUGUUGAGAUGUUUGUCACGCUCUUUGUUGCUUAUGGCCAUAAGCAUGGAUAUCCUUGGUGAAUUGUGAGGUAUAUAUAUAUAAUAUAUAUAUAUAUGUAUACUAGCAAGUGUAUAAUGUUAUAAAAUGGAAAUCUAAGUUAUUAAUGUAACUUGUAGGUGAACUUGGUAUUAAAGCUAAAGGUUAGACAGCUCUCAUUGUAAUACUUACCAGGUAUAUAGAUUAAAUAUAUUGUAAAAUUGAAAAGCCUUCCCGCCCACCCCUUCCAAGAAAUGUUAUAAUCUGUAUAUAACAUUGUAAAGUAGAUAUAUUUGUAACUGUCCGUAGGACCCAGCCGCCAAUGCUGUAUAACGGUUUAAUGAGCCUCUUCAUUUGUGAUCCGCAAGAAAAUUUCUUUCUGGUUCCAAUGUAGCAAACUUCUUGCCGUUUCUAACCAUUCCUUUCUGUGUUUCCAUUUCAUAGAAAUACUAGAAAUAAAUGUUAUUUUCUAUUAAAAAUCAGUCUUACAAAUGGCCAAUGAUAUUUUAUGGAACAAUGUUUUGGCAAACAAGUAAAGUCAAUAUUUAAGGCAGAUUAAGGCAAAUAAUUUAGGAACUUUCUGAACAUGUUUGUUAAAUUUUAUGUCAUGGUUGAAGCAGACAAUCUGAUGAGCAUCUAUACAUUUAAAAACACACACACACACAAACAACAACCCGCAGCAUACAGAGAUUUACUUGUCCAUCAAAAUGUCAAAUCAUUGUAUUUCUAAUUCUUCAUUUUUUAUUUGUUUAGGAAAAAAUUUCUCAAGUGCAUUUUUAGGGGAUUUUCCAGUUUGGAGCUUGCUGAUUUUUUCCCCGUAUCUAGACAAACUGACAUUAUCCCAGGGAAAGGCAAAGAGUGUUGUUAAAAUAAUUGUGUUCCUUGUUGCUGGAUCAUCCUGCGACUGCAGCGAUGAAAGGGGAACCAUUUCUUUGUAUUUGAUGAUUGCACUGCAGAUUUCGAUUGCUUCUAUAUGAUCAAGAUAAGAAACGGCAAAUAAUAAUAAAUAUUAUUAAAGACAGGUUGUUUAAAUAGCAAAACUCUGUUCCGGAAUCAAAUCGGGCAGAACGAAAUCAGUGUGGAGUUUAAAAAAGCAGCCCUCUAAUUAAUUUCAUAUCAGGGCCGAUCCUGAUGUCCUAAAACGCCCAUUAAUUUCAGGAGGAAGGGUACACGAACGGCACUAUUUAUCAAUCGCAUUGGCAACAGAGCGUCCGAUUAUUCUUCAAGGAAAAUAGAGGAAAUCUGCGAUUUUUCUUCUUUCACUGAAUAUAAGAACGAGAGCAUCAAUAGCUUCGGACAAUGCCCCCACCCUCCAAAAAAAAAAAAAAAAAAAAAGAAGUGAUUGGGAAGGGCGGAGGGAAUUUUCUUAUCUGUCCUGGGAGCGUUUGGCCCAGGAAAACUAUUACUCACAAAGAACAAGUUCAGUGCAUGGUUGAAUUAAGACUGUAAAAGCUCCUAAAGUUGGUUGGUAUGGAAACCUAAUCCCACCAAACUGUUCUGUGGCACAGCUGGACUGUUUACUUUCUCACUUCAAAUAUAACUGUGUAAACAUUGGCUUGAAACUGACAGUGCUGUUCCUCUAAACCAGUUAAUAUAUUGGUGUGUAUGAGACGAAAUGUGUGUCUUCAUGGUUACUGAAAGAAGCCCAGGGGUAAAAUCAAAGAACCAGAGCGAGUAACGUGCGAUCCUUCGUUGCCUUUCACAAUUGAUCAGGUUGGCUACAAUUUUAAGAUUGUUCUUUUGGGGAGUAAAUAUUACAGAUUACACCUAGGUAAAUACUGUUGACCCUGCUCCAACCUGAGAGCAGCCAAAUCAAUAUCACAAGGGAAACUUUUAAAAGUCUCGUGUUCCAAGAGUGGGUGAAACUUAAUAUUACUACAAUAAAACGGUUUAAUAAAGAAGGGCUUUAAUAGUGAGCUAAUUUGAUUGAGUUUCCUAAUUCCACUUUAAUUGGAAAAGGAGUUGUCUGUUUGGUUAUAAAGUGCCAGGGUUAUUGUA